AUGGAGUCUCAAGUAGGAGAGCUAUCUCAACAGGCCCCUAAGUCAACUGCAGUGUUCCCUAGUGACACAGAAAAGAAUCCUAAAGGGGAACAAAAGGGAGUGAGAUGGGAAGAAUGCAAGGCCAUCACCAUAUUGAAGGAAGUCUCAGAAGAAGAAGGAAUUAGACCCUCAGAACAGGAACCAGAAAUCUUGAAGGAAGGUGUGGAGGAAGCUAAGCAGGAAAGUGAAACUGAGCAAGCCAAGGAAUUGCAAAAAGGUACUUAUUCUUUCGAAAUAGAUGGCAGGGCAGUGAGCUUCAACCUGGAUGACGCUCUGAAGCACCCACCAGAAGAUCACUCCAUCUUUCAGUGCGACAUUAUCGAUGAGACUGUGGCUGAAGUUCACCAAGAAGAAGUAGAAGAGAAGGAUGUUGAGUUUGAGUUGAGUGAAGAUUGCAUGGAGGCAUUUGAUAAACUGAAGAUUGCCUUGACUCAAGCUCCUAUUGUGAGAGGGCUUGACUGGAGUCGGCCGUUUGAGAUAAUGUGUGACGCAUUCAACUAUUCGGUAGGAGCGGCGCUGACUCAGCGCGAAGAUUAUGGAAAGGCUUGUCACCUUCCAGUGGAGGUGGAGUACAAAGGUUUCUGGGCAGUAAGGGAAUGCAACUUAGGAUUGGGGGGAGCUGGUACUGAAAGGAAGUUGCAACUACAGGAAUUAGAGAACCUUCGGCUAGAAGCGUAUGAGAACUCAAGGCUCUAUAAAGAGAGGUUUAAGGAUGUGCAUGACAAUAUUAUCAAGAGGAGAGAGUUUAGACCUGGGGAGUUAGUCCUUGUUUAUAACUCAUGGUUGAGGCUCAUGCCAGGCAAGUUGAGAUCAUGGUGGGAAGAACUGAUGAGGUACAGAAGUUGGUGA